AUGGCCUCUACCGCAACAAUGACAGCCCUCUUCAUCACACUUCUCAUGGCUCUUUUUCUUGCGGGAAAAAAAACCCGAGAAGAACUAAGGGAGAAACAAGUUGUGAUACCCGAAAACCCGAUACCCCUUCGUACUGUCAAACAUGUUAUUCCAAAGGAGCUACCCUUAUCAGUUAGGGAAUAUGUAGAGGAACUGUUCCAGCGAACUGGGGAUGAACAUGUCUGGAACCUUUUGCCUCCUCGAGAGAAUGAAGUUCCAGGGGAGUUUCAUCCUGACCGAUUCUAUCCUCCAGGAGAUCGUAUUGGGGUGAAGACUUGA